UUUUCCCAGGACAUGUCCUGUCCUGGGUUGGUUUUGUUUUGUUUUAUUAUAAAGUGAUGGAAAUGUUUUUCAUUGGGCCAUUAAAUUGACCAGCAUUAGGGCUGAAUUUGUUAAUAGAGCUAAAAUAAUUUUACAUUUUUUAGCUAAUUAUUUAUCCAGUAUUCAAAGAGAGCCAUUAUUUUCUACAGGCUCAUUUUACUAGAACAGAAAAAAUAUGUCAUUACACAGAUUUUAAAGUUAUUUUUGCACCAUUGAAACUUAUCAAAUACAUUUUAGGCUGAGACGCACAUCUGAAUUUGUGUCUUUGGUUAAAGAUAGUAUUUUUUAAUAGAACAAUUUUCUGUCCAUAUAGUGGAUACUUUAAAUGUAUUGAUCUUUGAUACUCAAAGUUUACGCAAAGAUGAAAAUCUGGACACUCGCCCAGCAGAAUCACGCACAGAAGUUAACCACAACAUAACAUAAUUAAAACGUCUAAGCCAAAUACACGCAGAAAGUGUUCAGAGUAAUUUACAAAACCAGAACAACCAUACUUGUUCCAGCCAAAGUUUUAUUGUGGUUAAUGGAAGUGAAAAGUAUUUGCAUGUCUAUUAAAGAUUUGGGCCUGUUCCAGUAUUUCAGACCUCCUCACCCCUCUCCCAUGCUCAGUGUCCACCCUGUUGACACCAUGUCAACAGCGUGAUGCACUUUAAGCUGCUUUGGCGCUAAUGAAAGUGGGCGCACAUUGUGUAGGAGACAGAUGGCCCCUGUCUUGAUUAAGUUCUCAUUCUCCUGCCCGGGGAGGCUGGCAGGGUUUGUUGGGCCAGCGUCAUCCCAGAGGAGAGGAGCUCAUGUGUGAAAGUGCAGCACGCGCUCUGCUGUCUUUCUUCUUCCUUGGCUUUUUUGGACUUUUUUUUACUUUGUGAAACUGGAGCAUCACCUGCUACAAAGUUUUCCUUUAACAAGAUUUGCAUGAUGUUAAUUCUGAAGGACACGAUUGGAAGCUUGAAAAGUAAUUUGUCUUGUCAUUAAAGAGCAGUGGCAGAAAUGACCCCGGCCAUUGUUUUGAUGAGGCCACUCCACUGGGGUCUCCUCCUAUGCUUCGUGAGCUUGUGCAGCCAGCAAGGGUCCACUGGCAACCAAAGCUCCAGGGGACUGGCAGGGUCAUCGAGGGAGAGGACAGGGACUUGUGAAGUGGUUGCGGCUCAUCGCUGCUGCAACAAGAACAAGAUUGAAGAGCGCUCUCAGACGGUCAAGUGUUCUUGUUUCCCAGGACAUGUGGCGGGGACAACAAGGGCGCUGCCCUCUUGCGUUGAAGCUUCGAUCGUGCGUCAGAAGUGGUGGUGUAAAAUGAAGCCGUGCGAGGAAGGGGAGGCGUGCCGAGUUCUUCCCGACCUGACUGGCUGGUCGUGCAUCUCUGGGAACAAAGUAAAGACCACCAAGGUAUCGCGGUAGCAAGGCAUCAGUUCCAUCCAAUCAGAGCACCGUCCCUGCUUGGAGCAGUCACCUAAAAUAACUCUGGACCCUGAGGACGGUUAGAGCUUAAAAGAAUAUAGAUUUAAUUAGAUAUUUCCUGCUUCCCAUUAAACUGCAGGAACUCAUUAUUUAAAUAUCCCUUGUCUUGAACACAAAUUUGGUCUGGGUUAAUCCCACAGAGUGAACAAUUUAUUAGCAAAGAUAAAAUGAAGCAGCGCCUUGUCCCAAUCCAAGCAGUCAGCUCCUGUGAAAGUUUGUUUGACAAAGUGGACGUGCUGGGAACAUUGUGAUUCAUUCAAAUAUUGGCUAGGUCCGCUGUCACACACUACAAAGGAGAAUUUGUGGCUUUUCUCAAGCAUAAAUAUUGUAAAAUUUAUAACUGAGUACUUAACAAUACUUAAGACUCACUUUAAGUUCUAUAAAGAGGUCAGAUCCCUUUGGACUAGUCCUUGGCAUAAAGAUGUACUCUCUCACACACACACCUACACACACACACACACACACACACGCACACACACACGUUUCCAGUGCAUGGAUUGGACAGGCCACCAGACAAGCAUGCAGACAAUCCUGCACCUCGAUGCAAAACAAGGACUGUUUGAAAUGCUAAUCAUGAAGAGAACAGAGAAGAGGAGCAUCUUCACUGUUGAGAGUAUUUACGUCACGCUUUUGUUUAUCUCUCCAAACUCAGUGCUCCUGUAGAGAGGAGGCAGCUCAUUGUAAUCGCGGUGAACAUUGGAGAUUUUCUGCCUCUGAGCGAAGUGUAGCCACUAACAGAAUGCUUUCUGGUAUUAUCACUUCAUCUUCUUUAUGAAUAAUAUUCCUUCUGGACCCACUCUCAUUGCUUGCGUUUUAUCUCUGGUGUUCAGCCACUGUGUUUGCAUUUCAAUUUUUCAACGAGAUAAGGUUAUAUUAACACAAAUACCUUUCAUACCUUUCAAUCUGAGACAUUAAGUGAUGAUGAAUGUCACAUAUCGUGCUUAUUGAAAGCUGCAUGUUGAUUGUUUGAGUUCUUCUCCUUCCCCUCCGUAGUAGUCCUAUACCCGGCGUAGGCAAACCGCAGCUCCGCAGUCUCCUUGUUGUGGCUCCUUUCGGUCAUGACAACAGAAAAAAAUGUUAUUUAUUAGUAUAAUUAUGUGUAUUACUUUGGUUUAUUUUAUAUCUGGGAUCUGAAAGUGAAACUUUGACAUUGAAUUUGAAAAAAAUGUUUCUAAUUAAGCAAUUGAAAUAUGCAUCACAUCCACGUCUAUGGCCCAUGCCUUUACCUGCAGGCACCUUCUUGAGCGUGCAAUCCCCACGGUAAGCUAACCAUGAAUACAUACAAAAAAAUCAGCAAUAUGGGCCUACAGUACUGUGUGGAGACCUAAGUCAUAUCUUACUGCCCUGACUUCGGGAAGAUCAGCAUUGGGUGUCACAUUAAACAGAUGACAACACAAGAAAUGUUUCUCAAUUUAUGUUUACUUUUUUAUGAAACUGCCCAGCUGCAACUAUACUUUUUCUUAUUAUUAUACUCAAGUGGGCUACGUUUUAUUUAAAGUUUACACAAAUUAAUACGGGAAGCACUCAAAGAGGUAUCGCAAAAUGUACUUCUGUUUGAUGCGUUCUGUUGCUGCAACAGGUUAAAUAAAAAAUAAAUACAAAUGAAAAACCUCACGCUCGUGUUAUGUUUGCAGCUCCAGACUUUUUUUUUUUAUCUAUAAGAGAGCGCAAAAUGGCUCUUUUGAUAUUAAAGAUUGCCGACCCCUCUCCUAUACGCAUACAUUUUGUUUUCUUCAAAUAAUUAUAUCCUUCAAUGCUGCAUGACUGAAAACCACUCUCCACACAAGCCUCUUUCACACAGAAAAUAGCCUGCAAAAUAGCCACAUCACAGCCAUAACAGUAUGGAUGGACAGUAAUGACUGAUUUUAUUUAAAAGACAGAGUGAAAGGGGACAAUGUCACCCAGCAGGACCAGUUCCUGGCAUAAACACUCAUAAACACACAGAGAAAUAGUACUCACUGCAGAGUACUCACUUCAUCUUGAAGCGGCGGAGGCGUGCAUGAGCUGGAAGGUGCUUGUCGCUGCCAUCCUUCUAUAGACAGGAAAAGCCAGCGUUUUUUAUUUUUUAUUUUUUACAGCAGUCAGAUGCAUUGAAUAUAUUUUUAUGAUCUGCUGAAGGAAUGAAUGAACUUGACUGCCAAAAUGGAGUAUUCAUACACCGGUAUGAAAAAGUGAUUUCUUAUUUUUGUGUGUGUUUGUCACACUUAAAUGUUUCAGAUCAUCAAACACAUUUAAAUAUUAGUCAAUGACAACAACACUGAACACACCCUGCAGUUUUAAAUGGAACUUUUUUUAUUAAGGGAGAAAAAUAUCCAAACCUACAUGGCGCUGUGUGAAAAAGUGAUUGCCCCCUUGUUGACACAUAACUGAGAUUAACGUCAGAUGGUUGUUAGACUACAGUCGGCACUAGUAUCAACCUUCAUUAGGGCCGAGGAUCAUCCCAUGUCUUGACAGACAGCCAAUCAGGUCCUCCGGCUCAGAGCCAAUGCAAUUUUUUGGGGUCCAGCACGACGUUUUUGUUGCAUAAACCUCAGGGUCUUUGAAGAAGUUUAAAACGACUGUCUUAGUGCGUCCAACCUCAUCUUAUGUUUAAAGAGAGAAAGCCUUUUUUCCUUUGUCAUCAAGAAAAUGACAUUGAAUCCACUUUUUUGGCAAAAUUUGGGCUUUAAAGGCUGUGGUCUCAAACUUUUGACCAGCUGAUGAACAGCCUAUUUCACUUUAACGGUUGUCUGCAAUAAAGUGCUUACUCAAAAUGUAAAUUCUUACAAUUUUUCAACUGGUCUUAAAAUUUUAAACAGGAGUAUUCUAACUUAUCAUUUGCAUCCAUGUACAACGUGUUCAUAAAAUAUUCAAUGAUAUCGGCUAAGCUGCACGCUGGCUGAGUGGUUAGCACACAGUCAGGAGAUUCGAAGGAUCUGGGUUCGAAUCUCCAUUUGGCAUCUCGGUGUGGAGUUUGUGUUCUCCCGUGGGUUUUCUUUGCGUACUCCGACUUCCUCCCACAUUCCAAAAACAUGCAUGUUAGGUUAAUUGGAGACUCUAAAUCGUCCAUAGGUAUGAAUGUGAGUGUGAAUGGUUGUUUAUAUGUGCCCUACGAUUGGCUGGCGACCAGCCCAGGGUGUACCCCGCCUCUCGCCCGAAGUCAGCUGGGAUAGGCUCCAGUAUGCCCGCGACCCUAGUGAGGAUAAGCGGCAUAGAAAAAGGAUGGAUGGAUGGAUAUCGGCUAAACAUUUGUCAUCUAUUUUCUACCAUUCUACCUGUUCAGGAUAACUGAACUCCAUAAACUGAAGUUUUAGGAUAAAAAACAAAAACCAACAACAAAUUGGUUGGUUAAUAUACAGUAGUAUGCAUCCUAAAACAGCAAACCUCUUUUUAAGGGUUUUAAUGCUUGGCAAGCAAAUUGACUGAGAUUGGUAUAUUGCCAAUUUUUUUUUUGCCAUUUUAUCUUUUUUUUUGCAAGUAAAAACCGUGUCCCAAUGCUUGUCACGUGUACAUUACGACCCAUUCUCCAACUUGUAUCUCACAAGAAUGUAAAGACCUUACUGAACAAAGUUUCACAGUCUGUUUGUGAAAUGGGAAUAGAUGUGGACAAGAACGUCUUUGAGGAGAUCAGGAGCUCAAUGGAGUGACAUUUUAAGACUUAAGAAGCUGUAGAAAGACGGCUCCGGAGGGAAUUAAACAGAAAAAGCUGACAUUUUUUAUACUCUUAUUCACGUGUAUGAAGCAAAUACAUACUGUAUAGUUGCACGUUUUCUAUGCUACAUCCUGACGAGAGUGAGAGAGGUAACCAUGGACUGAUCAGCAGUGACUCACAGGACUUUAACACGGAGACCGGCAGCCAUUAACACUUGCAUUCACUCGUACCUAACAAAUGUUUUUGGAGUUAAAGUCAGACUUUGGAAAAACGUAUACAGAACACACAACUUUUGUAAUUGAAGUUUUGCUGUCUUCUAAAAACACAAGCAGCAGGUCUCGCAGGGUUCAGCUUUCUUCUAAUUAAGCUGUGUGACGCUCAUCAUAUUCAGGUGUAUCUCAGCAGUUCACCCAAAAGUAUAAGGUUCCUAUGAAAGCAGUAAAAAGAUAAAAAUGAGAGCUGCAUAAAUAACUCUGAAGCAGUUGCCAGUAACCCCCGUAGCACCUGUUGUCAUGUGUGCAAGCAUUUAAAAUAGAAACUACUUCAUGAAUUCAAAAGAGAGAACAGGCUAAGCACAGUAAUUAAAAAUUGGAGUCUUUUAAGAGCCUAUUUGUUGAACCUUUCUAUUGCUCAGCAAACAAAGGAGCGAAUUAGAUGAAGACAAAACCACCAUAAUUAAGUCUCCACAGUGGCGGGCUGUGCAUUUGGCACGUGGGCCUCCAGUGGGGAUUUUAUCGACUUAAUCCACCUCUUAAUACCACCACUAUCAUGUCAAUUAUACAAACCUUCAAUAAAAUAAAAAAAACAUAGUAUAACAAUGUGUGGCAUUACAGAGAGAGAGGCGUUUUGCGUAUUGGGGAUGAAUACCAUUAUUGCUAAAACACCCAGUUAAAUCCAGGUAACCCUUUAUCUUCCAAUACAUUGUCGGUGAUAUGCCGGGGUUACUUUUCGGCUAUAGUAACUUUGAGCAUUACGUACAGUCGUCCCUCGCCACUUCGUUCUUCGAAUUUCACGAUUUCACCCCAUCACGUUUUUUACGAUGAAUGAAUUAAUUAAUCAUGCUGUUUCAUGGUUGAAUAUGUACAUAUGACGAGUACAAAAUAUGCCUAUUUAAGCAAAUAUUAUGUAUUUUUUGUCGAAAUUAAGCAUGAACUAAAUGUUCUAAGUGAAAGAACUAAAAUGUACUAAAAUACAAAUGUAAGACAUUCAAAAGACGCAUUUAAAAAUGUUGAUGAAUCGUAGUAUUCUACACCGGUCACUAGGUGUCAGUAAUGUUACUUUAAUGUUCGGUGAGACACAAGGAUCAGACUUGAUUUCCGGAACAACAGGCUUUAAUUGCAGGUUAUCUCACAACAGGCACAAUAAUACCUAACAACAACAGGAUACUUUUGCGGCUGUUACCCACAUAAAGCUGAAACUCACCUAUGAACACCCAACGUUACUUUUGUCCGCCUUUUUUCAGGUCCUCUAGGGAACACAUUUAUAGUAACACACACGAUCAUGAGUCUUAUUUAUGUCUUAAAUGGCUUAUUUACUCUUAUUAUGUCUACUGUAUUGGUAAUACGAGUGCAAAUGUGACUAUAGGGGUGGUAUUUUCUGUCUAGAGGGCUCUGAUAAUGUUAAAAAACAUAUUUAGAAGGUCAUAAACAUGUUUUUUAUGCUGUAACUAUGCAAAUAUUCAAUUUCUAAAUAAGGAAUCUUACUUUGUAGAACUUCACUUGUCACGUCACUUGUCGCAUAUGGAAACAAUUGACCGUGAUAAACGAGGGAUUACUGUAACUUUAACAGCUCAGAAUCAUAUUUUCCUAAUAACAUGACAGAAACAUACUUACCAGAGAUGAUGAUUACUUAUAGACAAAAUCCAUCCUCCUUUCCAAAUCGCUAUACUGUAGACUAUUUGUCCAACAGUUUUGCUCUGAUCACCCAAUCAUAGGAUGGCAAAACGCUGACGUUAUCGUGGACCAGCUGCUGCACUGUCAGGCAAAUCUGAAAUCAUAUUGGUCCAAGAAACAGCCACAUAGCUAAUAUAGUUUAAGUUAAAUGAGCCAGCAGUACUGAUUCUGAAGGCCCUUGGCAGAUUAGACGUGGAAACACAUAAGAAGGUGAACUCACUACUGGUACACUACACAUAGACUAGUGGUAGCAGUGCAGCCAAGAGACAUGUUAUGAAAUGAAGAUAACAGACUGUUGGGAAUAAAUGGAUACAAUUUUAUGGAACAAAUUUAAGCUGUAAAUGUAGGUCAGUUUUUCUGACAGCGUUUAGGCCAGCAGAGAAGGCCUUGCUGGCCCAGACGGCACACCACUGAGUGAGUCUUGAAUAAGAAUUAGUUAAUGCCAGUCACAAAAUGUAAAUUUGAAGGUCUUAUCACUUAAUUUUAUUAUCCCAUUCAGUCAAAAAUGGGUCAGUGUGAAAAAAAAUGAUCAUCCCUGCAUUUAUAACUAAUUGUAUUGUAACAUUGAUUUUCACAACAAAAAAUAGACUGGAUUUUUUAACUCAUGAUCUUCCAAUUGUUAUUUAAUGUUUUGUACUGCUGACUAUUCUAAUUUGAAACCAGCAUGCCUGAUUUGGAUAAUUUAUUGUACACAAUUGCAUAGAAAAUCUGAAUUCUGAAGGGACAGGAAUGCUACUGUUACUGAGCACUUGAAGUGCAAUUUCAUCACAUUAGCAAUGUCAUUGUAUAACGGUACAAUUCUGACUAAAGUGCACUUGCACAGGAACAUACUGUGUUUCCACAGAAAUAUUGCAUUUCUUCAGAUAAUAUUGUUAUAUUUUUUCAAUAAUUUCUGAUUGUUUUUGAAAUUGGAAUAGUGCAGUUUGAGUACACUGCAAUUGAUGAAAAAAGGCCAAACAGAUAAAUAGAAAAAAAGAAUCAGAUACGGAGGAAAAAUGGAAGUCUCAUACAGACAUAAUGAGGGAAUAUAAAUUUGGAAGGCAAUAAUGCAAAAAUGCUCUGCUUUAGCGUCAUUUUUUUUUGCUGAUUUUGUAAGCAUAAUCCUGCAAUGUAACAUUUGUGCUGUUUUCAUUAAAUAAUGCAGAUUUCAUUUUACAUUAUUUUUAUUUCACCGUUUACUUGCAUUUAAAAUUGAUAGCAGGAUGAUAGUAAUACAUUUUAAAUGAAUAUAUAUUUAAUAGUUUGUGAAUGAAAUCAGAAUUACCAGUCACAAUUCUGAAAAGUUUGUUGAUACAAGUUUCGUCUUGGUUGCUAAUAGAAAGAAAGUGUCUCGAGGCUCAUGAAGAACAUAAUGGAACCACAGCUCUCUCUCCCCUCAAUGACUUUUCCCAUCUGUACUUCUAAUAAAAAGUGUCAACAGAAGUCACACAGUCUAUCUCAGUGUGCAUGAACUUAAGAGUUUGUGUGAAGUAAAUUAGGGGUCUUUUACUGCAGGCAGGUCCAGUAGCAAUAUAAGCCAGUCAGAGCAAUAAAGUGAAUGUAGUUUGGUCAUGGCUCAGAGGCUCCUUCUAUUGGCUUUGUCAUUAUGCACACAAGUUGAGAUUGGGUUUCCUGCUUAAUUAAAAGUGAGCCGAACUGUUAGACUUUAAGAAUAAACAUUAAUUGAACAAUAUUGAUGCUUUUGUCCUUGUGUGAUGUGCUCACAUGCAUUGGUCCCUCAUGGCGCCAUCUUCCUAAACCGGAAACCUAACUUGUACAAGU